AUAAAUAAUGCCUCGAGACGAUUCCUGCGUUUUGUUUUCUGGAGACUAAUGGCUGCGUUAUUUUUUAGGCGGGUUGCUGGGAUCUCUGGAGCCUUGGCUGUUACUGCCGGAGCUUAUGGAGCUCACGGUUUUCGAAGGAGUGACAGGGACGAAUACCUAAAAGAGCUUUAUGAGACUGCUAACAAAUAUCACUUCUUGCAUAGUCUUGCUCUACUUGGAGUGCCCCACUGUCGAAAACCUUUGCUGGUAUGUAUUAAGGGCUGGUACAAUACUGUGUACCGGGAUGGUGAUGUUCUCUGGAGUCUUUUAUUACCAUGCAUUAACUGGGGACCCAACAUUCAGCAAGGCUGCACCUGUGGGAGGCACUCUGCUUAUUGCAGGAUGGCUGGCCCUUGCUGUGUGAUGUCCAUAUCCGGCAGAUUAUUUUAUUGCGCCAUUAUCAAAAUUUGAAGAUGAACUACAUAUGCAAUCAAUUGAAGUGACCAAAUGAUUUCUACACUAUGCACAUCUAUCCUUAAUUUGCAGAAACAAGACCAUUUACAUCCGCUUCUCAUUUACGUCUGCAUAUUGCGCAGCAUAUUUUGUUUAAUUACGUAGACUUGGAUUCAGCAACAGGAAUUGACAAUCUCUGGAUCUUUCUGCUUUGCUUUGUAAUAAUGAGUCAAUUUACAUUUGUUAAUCAGGAACUUUGUAUUAUUGAUUUGGGAAACAUUUGAUAAUGUGAAAAGUAAAUAAGAUAAAUUUUGAUGGCCCAAGAAGAACACAUAAAGGCUCCUUUGUCCAAGUAUUUUAAUUACAAAUCUGUGCAGCAUCAUUUUCAGUUGUGUUUAACUAAUUGGUGCCUUUAUGUGUUUUUUGUGCAGGGUGCUGGAAGCAUCUUAUUAAAUCACUCUUAAAUCGAA